AUGCUCUGGGGGAUCUGUAAGAUGCUAAUUGAGGGUUGUGCAUUUGCUUCGUUGUCGCUGGCGACACUAUACGUCUUCCAAAAUAAACUGGUUUAUCCGUCAUGGGCUCAGGGCGCCAGAAAUGAAGUUGAUACGCCUGAGAGUUAUGGAUUACCCUAUGAAAGGAUAGAAAUUACUACUAGCGAUGGAGUGAAGAUUGAAGCAUACGAUUUACAGAAUAACUCUGCAGAGUCGACUUCGACCGUCCUCAUUUUAUGUCCAAAUGCUGGUAAUAUUGGAUAUUUUAUACCUAUUGCCGAUAUGUUCUACAGACAAAUGGGGACAAGCGUUUUCAUAUAUUCAUACAGAGGUUAUGGACAUUCUGAGGGCUCGCCAAAUGAAAAGGGACUCAAAUUAGAUGCAGACUCUGUAAUGGAAUUUCUAUCGUCGAGUAAAUUUCAUAAAUCUAAGCGAUUAGUACUUUACGGUAGAUCUCUGGGCGGUGCCAAUGCGAUUUACAUUGCGUCAAAGUAUUCACAAUUAUGCGAUGCAGUAAUAUUAGAAAAUACUUUUCUAAGUCUUAGAGAAGUGAUACCCUAUAUUUUUCCCUAUUUGAAAUAUUUUAGUGGAUUGUGCCAUGAGGUGUGGAAUUCCAAACUGGAUAUUCUUCACUGUGACAAUUCGCUACCAUUUCUAUUUCUAAGUGGUCAAAAGGAUGAGAUUGUUCCUCCACACCACAUGAAAAAACUAGCAGAGCUGUGCCCUAGUAAUAAUAAACAAGUUUUCGAAUUCCCAUUUGGCUACCAUAACGAUACGAUUGUGCAAGACGGUUACUGGGAUAUUGUACACGAUUUCCUGGAACAAAAUGGUCUUAUAUAG